AUGGCUGUAGGAAGGGAUCUAAAAGGAAGAAACAACAAUGCAGUUUCCGUAAUAGGUGAUGGUGCUAUGACAUCAGGUCAGGCUUAUGAAGUAAUGAACAAUGCUGGAUACCUCGACUCUGAAAUGAUUGUUAUUCUUAAUGACAACAAACAAGUCUCGUUACCCACUGCUAAUCUAGAUGGCCCAAUUCUUCCCGUCGGAGCUUUAAGUAGUACCCUGAGCAGGUUGCGGUCCAACAGGCCACUUAGAGAACUAAGAGAAGUUGCCAAGGGAGUUACUAAACAAAUAGGUGGGUCCAUGCAUAACCUUGCUGCAAAAGUUGAUGAAUAUGCUCGUGGGUUGAUCAGCGGUUCCAGAUCUUCACUAUUUGAAGAGCUGGGACUUUACUAG